AAUUUCAGAACGCGAAGACGCUUCCUGAAAAGUAAAACCAACUUGUGCUUGCUGAUAGAUGUCAAAGCAAAGUUAGAUUGUAAAAAACAGGUUUAGGUUGGACUAUUUACGAAUGCAGUGAACCUAACCUAUUUUCCAAUGCAACAUUUGCAAUGUUAAGGUGGCGUCACUUGCUUACUGGGGUAUAGAGAGGAAAAUAUUGUAUUGGCGCGUAUCGACCGAGCAAAAACAAUUUUUUCCAUCGCUACUUAUACAAUUCAACUAUUUAACACAGACAACGAUAAUUAAAUAGGACAAAACUACUAUGGAAUUGUCGCAUGAAAUCUUGGAUACAAUAGAUAUUAAUAAUGACAAAGAUGUGAUGGAAGUAUUGAAGCAAGCAGUUACCCAAGAAAAUGUUAUAUUGCAAUCAGAAACUACCGAAGAUUCUAUGGAAACAGAAAUAGAAGAAAUUAUAGAAAUAAUAGAAGAAAUAGAAGAGGAUAAAGAAGAACCUAUGCAAACUGAUGACAUUGUGGUUGAUGAUGAAAAUACAGAUGUACAAGAUGAUGAUCAUGACAAAGGUAUAGAAAUACUGGGAAAUGAAGAGUUUGAUAAAGAUUCUGAGAUAAAAGUUUAUGCUUUUGAUGAAAAUAGUUCGGGGUUUAAAACGAACUCGGAGAAAGAAAAGGAGAAGAAAGAUCAAUUAUGUAAAAAUAAUAAAAAACAAGUUAUAACGUACGAUGUGGACGAAGACUGGCAAGACGAAGAUAUGGAAGAAGAAGGAGAGUUUGAGCAAAAUUCUGACAUACUGAAUCAUUGCACGGAAUCCGUACAAAGACAGAAAAGCGAGGAUAAAAAAUGUACAAAUAAUCAAGUAAUUAGUUUCCCUUUACAAAUAAAUAAAACAGAAAGUAACGAUAACAUAGGAUCUCUGGAUAAAACGGAAAAAUCUAAAUCGAAUCAAGAUUAUAAAUGUAACAUGAAUAAUAUUGAAAAUGUUGAUAAUAAUGCGAGUCAUGAAAUAGUAAAAAAUGUGGAAAAUAAUUUAUUGUACACUGUUCUUGGCACUAAAAAGCAUAGUUCUGUGAAGACAUUGCAAACAGAUAAACUUUCGGAUGCUCAAUACAUUAAGAUGGAGCAACUCGACGAAAGUUCUAUACCAGUUGGAGGAACAAUUUACUAUGAAGGAGAAAAUAUAGAAACAUUAUACGUAGCACAGGCUGUAGAUGAGAAUGAGCAGUACUCUUAUGAUGCUGCAACAAUAGAAAAUGAAGAACAGGUGUGGGAAGCAGGUAAUUCUGACAGCAAUCAAAAUCAAGAAAAAGAAAAUGAAAAGGAUCAAAUAUUUUUACACGAGGAUGAAGAUGGUCAAUUAUAUUUCAAAGAUGAUAGCGGAGCUUUACAACCAGUAUAUUUAACCGAAGACGGACAUUAUGCUAUCGCAGAGAGUAACGAUGAUCAUGAUGCUAGGGAAUCACAAAUGAAAUCUGAGCAGAAUAUCAGACAGGUUGAAGAGGAAUCAUUUUCCGUGCCAGAUAAUGAACUCAAAUUUCAUAAUAAUAAACAGAAUUCAGUACUGUCAGCUGCUGAUAUUGACAAUGAAGAUAACACAGUGACCAUCUCCUUGAUAAUAUCUGAAGAUGAACACGGACAAAAAAGAACCCAAGUCAUUAUACCAACAACAGAUAACUUGAAAUGUGAUAUUUGUAAUAAAAGUUUUAAAACAUCUUUCCAGUUACUUCGACAUAACAGACUAAAACAUGCCCGUGAAGAAGAUAUUACAACCAGAAAUUUCCCUUGUGAUUUAUGUCCUAAAAGGUAUCCAGAUCAAAAUUCUCUAGCUCGUCACAGAAAAACUCAUACUGGUGACCGACCAUUUCAGUGCCUCGAGUGUCACAAAAACUUUCCAACGUCCACUGCUCUACGUCGUCACUUAACCCUUCAUAACUCGCAAUCCCGACCUCUUCCGUGCAUUUACUGUGGUCGUCGGUUCGUCGAAAAAGCUAGUUUGGUGAAACACGAGCAGUCACAUUUGGCUGGUGAUCAGCGGACCCACACUUGCGAUGUAUGUCAUAAGUCAUUCUUACAUGCAACUGAUCUCAAUCUACAUAAAAAGUAUCAUGAUCCUGAUAAGAAAUUUGACUGUGAGGUUUGUGGUCGAGAGUUCAACAGAUUGAACAAUUUGCAGAGACAUAUGAUGGUACAUCAACAACAAGGGGCAAACGAGGAAAUACUCUCUUGCGACGUGUGCGGUAUCACGUAUAAAUUCAUGAGUUCAUUAACAAGGCACAUGGUAACAACACAUAUGAACCCGGAAAAACUGAGGCAACAAGCGGAAGAACAAAGAAGAAAACGUGAAAAUAACUAUCGACGUUAUUUAGAAAAUCGAAAAAUGUACGAAACACAACAGUCAGGAGGAUAUGCUACAAAACGCGGUUAUCAUAGCGCGCGUAUACUUAGUGGGAAUAACGACGAAACAGCUUGAAUUUUAUUUUUUAGGUAAUCACCUAACUGUCAGGAACAAAGAUCGCAUUGAAACUAUGAAUUUUUCAAAAUAAAACAAAGGAAAACAGAA